GCUUUAAAUUUGCUCUUUUCCCCCGACCUGGUGUCGUACGGCAGGAUGGCUUCGGUGGAAAGGGAGACGCUGUCCCAGGAUGAACUCCGGAAAAGGCUCUAUCAGACUUUUAAGAGCAGAGGUGUACUGGACACACUUAAGACACAGCUCCGAAACCAGCUAAUCCAUGAACUAAUGCAUCCAGUUUUAUGUGGAGAGCUUCAGCCACAGGCUGUUCCAAGUGAUGACAAUUCACUUUUGAUCACAGCUUCCAACAGCUUGGUGGCAGAUCAUCUAGAGAGAUGUGGCUACGAAUAUUCGCUUUCUGUUUUCUUUCCAGAAAGUGGCUUAGAGAAGAAGAAGCUGUGGACUAUGCAAGAUCUUCUGCAAUUAAUGAGGCUCAAUCCAAAAUCCAACCUCUACAAAUCACUGACUUUGGGAACUCAGAAGGAAAAUAAAGGUUUUCUUAUGCAGAUUUUAAUUGGACUUACAGAACAUCAUCUAAGUAAGGAAAGUCGUGACACAGAAACUCAGACAACCUCAGUGCCUCCUUACAGAGAAUCUAUUGCUGAGAAGCUUCAGCUGAUUGAUGCACAGUUUGCAGACUCGUAUCCCCAGCAUCAGAAAUAUGAAUCUUUAGAAGUAAAACUUCAUGAGUACAGGAAAGAAAUAGAGAAACAGCUUCAAGAAGAAAUGAGUCAAAAGCUGGAACAUUUUAAAGAAGUUGAAAUAGCAAAGAUUAAAAUGGAGGAGAAAGCACAGACCCAGAAAGAAAUCUCUGAGCUGCGUCACGAGUUAGAGAGGACACAUCAGGCAAAGUCUGAAGCCUUGAUUUCUCGUGAGAGGAAUGCUAUUGAGAGGCUUCAAAAACAACAAGAGAUAGAAGCAAAGGAGAUAUACACUCAGAGACAAAGUCUGCUGAAAGAUAUUGAAGUCAUAAGGACCAGAGAGGUGGAACUGAAGCAAAGAAUUGAGGCAUUUGAAGUUGCUCAGAAACUUCAGGAAGAGAAAAAUAAAGCUCUUGAUGAUGCACUUCGACGUCGGGAGGUUGCUGUGAGGAGCAUAGAGGAGACCUAUGACCAAAAGCUCAAGAUGGAACUCUUAAAAUAUCAGCUUGAAUUAAAAGAAGAAUACAUAGCCAGAACCAAUAAAGUUACUGAAGAUGAGAAAAAAAAUAAAGAGAAAGCUGUGCUUUUGCAUGAGGAAGCCGCUGCUGUUAAUUCCAAAAAGGAGGAACUCAAGCAAGCUAUAUCACGCAGCAAAGAGCUUGAGCUGGAUUUGGAGUCAGCGAAAGCCCAGGUUCUGUUGGUAAACAAGCAGAAUCAGUUGUUGACAGAAAAACUGAAAGAGGUAUCAGACUACCCUUUGCUAAAGGAGGAGAAAUUGGAGCUCCAAGUGCAGAAUAAACUUCUUAGGCAACAGUUGGAUGAGACUCGCAGUGAAAACCAGCAUCUUCGAGACAAGCUGUCACAGCCUUCUGCAGAAUACCUGGCCUGCCAAGUGGAACUGAGGAGAGUGGAACAUUCUAGGAAGCUGGCACUGGAUGAAUUUGAAAGUCAGAAGCAGAUGCUGGAAAAGCAGCUACAAAGUGAGGUUGAACGUGGUGCCCAGCUGAAGACCCAACUGCUGGACUCUGAAGCUACUAUCAGGAAGUUGAAUGUGCAGGUUGAAGAACUGAAACUGCAGGUGAAACAAACACAGGCAGCCCUGGAAAAUGAAGUGUAUCGGAAUCCAAAGCCUUCACUCGUUGAUCGCUCUGUCCUUAACUUCACUGCUGACAGAAUUGUACCUCCUGAUAUAUAUGUGGAUAGUGCAUUUCUGCAGAAUCAGCUUAUGACUGAUGUGAUGAGGGUAAAUGCUGUGCCAAGAGUGGGCUAUCAGCAGCCAGUACUGCCACGCAGUGCUUCUCCGGACUCUGACCUGGAGUGUAUGGCACAAACCCGGGCUAGGAUAAAAGAACUGGAAAAAGAGGCAGAGUAUUUGGAAGAAGCCUACAGGAAUUAUCAACACAGAGUCAUACAGGAUGUAGCUGCAAGCAGAACGCCACCAAGAAAGAUUCAGUCUCCUUUACUUCUACAACAUGCUAUUGGUAGACCUCCCUUGACUAUGCAGCAUGGAGUUCUAGAGGAUAAUCCCAGCUCCCAGCAUACCCCUCUGAGCAGUCCAAGAGGUGAAAAAUACAUCAAAGGAACUGGGCAGGUUGAUGUCUUCAAAAAUCCCUCGACACCACCACACAAAGGAGGAUCUUCUCCCAGACGCCUUUCUUCUACUCCCAUUUCCAAAACAGAACGACGUCUCAGCAACAAGAAGGUUUCAGAUGAUGUCAGUGGCUCUUACCUCCUCUCCUCGCAGCAGAGUGUUGACCAGGUGCUUUCUCCUAUUUCAAAGCCACGGCCACUUUCAUCUUCUGAGUCUGUUUCUUCCUCACCAUCCAGCCAUGGCCAGAAAAUCAGACUUCAUAAUCAAGGAACAGAUAAACAAGAUUUCAGUGAUACCCUCAAACCAGAGAAACUAAUGUAUGAGGACCUUGAGGAACACAUUUCUUCUUUUGAAUAUCAGGGAGACAUUCCAGAGCAGUGUGAAAGUGAUGCCUCGCAUCCAUCUGGGGACAUCAUCAAUGGAAAGUAUGCCACAGCCAUUGCACCAGCAACAGCCACUCCACUGCAAGACUUAACGGUGGUGGAACAGAGAGAGUUUGAAGAAAGGAAAAGAGAAGUUGAGAAGAACUUAGAAGAAAGGGAAGCAAGAGAAGAAAGCGAGAGAGAACAAGAGGAAGCAUUGGAAGGAGAGCAAAAUGAAGUGGAAAAGGUUAACAAAGUGGUGAUGCAAGACUUGUUGAAAGCAGGUGAAGAAAAUGAACCUAAGGAGGAGGCAAUGGCUGAAAAGAGUAAUUCUGGUGUGGAAGAUAAUGUAAAGGCUCCAACUCCAAAUCCCUUGGAAAAAUACAUGAGGAUAAUUCAGCAGAGCAGAGAGCAGGCCCUGGCAAACAAGGAUUCAAAAAAAGAAGAACUAGAAGUGUCACUUACAGGAGGACUUGAAUCCAGUGAGAAGGAUGACAGUGCUGCUGGCAUUUCUCUUGGAGACGUGGAUGAAGACAACUUCUGGUGA